AGGUGAAAAAUAAUCGAAUUAUUUUAAAUUUGAUACUCAAAUUCACAUUCAAAAGCCAGAGAGCUGAGAAAUCGAAUUAUUUUGUGUGAAUUGUUGUUUUUUCGGAGAACCCAUGAACGUUAGUCUUCAAUGGAUACUCCUGUAAUGCAGACGAAUCUUCCCAAGGUAGAAGACGAUGAUGAGUGGGACACUGAUGGGUUUGUGAUUCCAAGCUUGGAGAUUGGAGAAGAGAAUGUUAAUAAUGAUUCUGAAGUUGAAACAUCAAAACCUUCUUCUCCUAAGAUUAAAGCUGAAGAAAGCAUCUACUUAGGACCACAUGGAGCUCCUCCCUCGCAGCUACAAGAUGGUAGUAGUAACACAUCUAGCCGCAAGCAGCGGUUUAAGCAGAAGCUCAAGGAAGCAGACCAGAAAAUGAGCGGCUCUGGUCGAGAAAACAAAAUGGCCAACUUAAGAGAGCUUGUAGGCAGCGGCGGCAUAGAAAAAAGAACUAAUGUGGGAAAAGGUGCUUCAAGAGACUGGCUUGACCCACAUUGCCACGAAUCUCAGUUCGAGAAACGACGACUUCCCUAACGCCCUUUCUUGCUAUGCUUACCGGGGAAAAAGAAACCGCUCUCUUUUGAAAACGCUUUGUAUCAAUGAAAAUACCAGAAAAUU